UUUAUUUUAAAAUUUCUUUGAACUGAAUUUUAGCGGACAUAAUGAAUUCGGUAACCACGACAGAAGCAUCAGUGUUUGAAUACUCAAGCCUAUAAAUCGUGUUGAUGUUGUAAACCAUCGCAGUAAAAUAAAAAUUCUUGGAAAAUGGCUAAUGACAAAAGAAAUAAUGACAUGUGCCUUUGCGCUCUGUGCAGUUGUGGAGAACACCGGUGUCCAGAACAGGAAGAAAAACUGUUGCCACGUUCCCUGCAAAAAAUAGAAGAUUCCGAUGCAGAGAAACUUCAGAAGAUUCAGGAAAAAAAAGCACGGAUAUGUCAUGCUUACAACAAACUUCCUGCCAGUGAACUCUACAAAGAAACCACUUACAAACGAGAUUUUUGUGACCAACCUCUUGUUCCAGAAUUGCAGUGUAUAGAAACCGAGAGGAAAACAGACAAUUUGAAAACAGAAUCGGGGUGUAUGGAAGACAGAAGUAUAUAUUCCACAAACUUCGUACCAUGGAUGUCGGAUAGCACGGCACUCAGACGUAUGAAGCUUCGAAAUUCAGGAGACACUUGGGAAGAUCUAGCAAAGCCCUCAAAAGAAGAUACUCAACGAAAGUUGGAUCGCCUCCAUAUGUAUUACUGUCCUGAGCUUUGCGCUGAAGAAAGGGAAUCAUCAUUUAAAAGAAAUUGUUUAAUUCCUCACAAAGAAAUAUUCAACCUCGGCCCUCCUAUUACAGAAAUUAAACAUCAAAGUGAAAAAACGAAACAACCUUUGUCCAAAUUUACCAGUUACUGGCUAGAUUACAUUCCGCACGCAGUCCUUCCCAGGCAGUCCCUCAGAAAAGAAGGAAAUCACAGCUUCAGUGAGCAACCCAUGUCCUCGGAAACCACUCAUAGAAAGGAAUUUGUGUGGCAUCCUGAAAUUCGGCAGCAGCUUGGAAGGAAGAAGGAGGACCAGCCGUCCAAUAUAAAAAUGGGAGGCGACGGGCCAAUGGAAACACAAUCAAGCUCCAUGAUGGAUUACAAAGACCCAGAUGUAGGCAGACGAAUGCCAUUUAAAGUAGAAAGACCUGUUUUUAAGCGCCCCCAAACUAGAAUGGAGACAGAAACAAGCACUGGCGCUUCCUACCCUCGGUGGAGAGUGUUACCGAUUCAGGUAAAACCUAAGAAACUCCCAACAACAUAUCAGACUUCGCCAUCGAAAGACAUCCGAAAUCUGGUGACCACAUAUCAAGAAGAUUUUAAUGGUUUGAGGGCAGCUUUGUGCCCAGCUCGUAUUGUUGCCUCUUAUGGUCGCAUCCCUUCUGAUGCACGUCAACGCUGGACUACAUCGAGUGACUGCCGAAUCUGAUACUUAUUCAUAUGCCAAGUUAAUUUCUAUCAGUUCAUAGAAACAGACUCAGAUAUAUGAGCCCGAAAAUAUAUGGCUCAUUCACUGCAAUCUAUAGAUUUCUGUAGAAAUUUUGUAGAAUU